AUGAUUACUCCAGCAUUUAAAGUUACUCAGGAUGAGGAUUUUGUAAUUAUAAAUGUUAAGAUAUCAAGCAUCCGCUUUGAUGCACCAGGAAUGGAAAUGGUAGUAACUGGCAAUGUUUUUGUCUUUCAUCUCUCACCAUACUAUUUAAGAUUGAGAUUUCCUCACAAUUUGGUUGACGAUGAGAGGGCAACUGCUGAAUAUAAGCUAUCUGAAGAAACUAUACAUAUAAAGCUUCCAAAAGAGGAACGUGGGAAAGUAUUUGAAGAUCUAGAUUUCCCAUCUAAGCUAUUAGCAAGAGAAGGUGAUAUACUACAAGCAGAUAAUUUGAAUAAUGUUGAAGCCAAUACCAACAAUAUUGCAAAAGGUCCUUUGAUUCAGGAAAUUGGAGGAGAGAAAUCUCAGUCUGAUGAAGUUCAAAAUAUAGCUCAACUUGGUGAAACAUUUAAUUGGGAAAUUGAACAAAAGAUAGCUGAAGAUUCCAUGGAUGUCUUGUCGGCAAAAUAUGGGUUUGAUAAUAAUUAUAAUUCUAUCGUAUCAGUUUCUGUUGCAAACGGUAAUGAUAUAAAUGAAUUAGAUGAACCAGAAAAGUCGACCGCCGAUGAACGAGUUAAUGAAAGGUUAAGAAAGGAAAACCUAAAAUUUGAUCCAGAAUAUUACGUCUCUGAAUAUAUGACAAAUAAAUUUGGCUCAGACGAGGACCUAGUAAUAAAUGGUAUAAAAGAGCUAUUACAAUUUACACCUGCUAUAGUAAAGCAAUAUUUAAAAUGGUACAAAAAUGCAGAAAACAAAGAUGCGACUAUGCCAGUAGAUUUUACUGAAAAGGAGCAGGAGCAAAUGCAAAAAAACCUACCCAAUAAAAAUUAUUUGGUUCAAGAUUUAAAACCAUUAUACAUAACUAUACUAAAUUUAUUAUUUGCAUACGUUUUUGAACAAAUUGAAAAUGAGGGAGUUCAACAAACCGAGAGUGGAUGGACAAUUGGAAAACUAACACCACAAUUAUGCUUCCUUGAUCAACAAUUAAUGGUGAAAAAAGAAGUUUUAAUUAGUGAAAACCCCAAUGAAGAUAUUUCUGUAAUCAGAGCUGCAAUUAUUGCCGGUAUUAGAAGAGGAUUAAGUUAUCCAUUACAUAGAAACUUUGAAUUAACUAAAAAAACCUGGAAUUACGUCUAUUAUAUACUUAGAGGCGGUAAACGAUUAAUCAUAAAAUGCCUAUUAACUAUUCAUGAACUAUUUAGAUUUCAUGAUGUAUAUUACGUUUACAACAAAAUUUUGUUGGACGACUUAUGUUCGUGGUUCAUAUCUAGUGGUAAUGAGAAUAUUAUCAGAAGUCUCGCCAUUGAACUGAAGAAAGAAUUGGACACAGUCACUAGUGAAACUAUUAACUUCGAUUGCAUAGCUGAUUUCAAUGCUGAAACUGGGGAGCCUGUGUGGGAAAACCUGACUUUAAAGGAAAUGGAAAUUCUUUCCGAGUCAGAAUAUUUAGCAUCUUUAGAACCCAAUUAA